UGCUAAUAUAAACGAGUGCGCGUACAUCGCGCGUCGCAUUUCUUCGCGGCUAACUGCAGUGUGCGUACUUGUGUUACGGAGAUGGCCGCGAAAUUCUACGUUUUGGCGAUUGUGAGCGUCGUGGUCGGUGCGGCUCCACCGACGUACAGGCAACAUGCGCCAGCGCACCUGCAGCAAAUUCAACCGUUCGAAUACUAUUUACAAAAUCAAGAUGUUGCUAACUACUACGGCCAAACUCAACAAAGACAAGCAUCAAGUAACGGGCAGAGAGGUGCACCGUCACGGUUAGAGACCUUGGAGCCUGACAGUGAGGUGGAACUGAUCCCAGGGGCGCAGCAGCCGCAGCAGCCACCACAGCAGAAUCCUGUCGCUCCAAAUCUGCCCGGAUUAAUACCGGGUCAACGUGUCUUCAUAGUGCAUAUGCCGGUGCCUGGAUAUCGGCCCGGCUCCAUCGGAGGCUACCAGCCUGUGUACAUCGUGGCAGCUGCUCCUCAGGCCAACGCUGGCUACCCACAUAACGUCAUCAACGGCUAUCAGAACGCAGUGUUGCUGGAUCCUUCAGGCCAGGCUGUAUACUCGCCGCUGCCGCUAGCGCCGCAACAACCCGCCUACCUGUUGGCGCCGCAGUUGCAGUCGCCACAGCUGCAGUCACUCAAAGCGCCUUACGACACGCUUUACCAACAACCGAUCGCUUACCAACAAGCGCAAUCUCCUGCUGGCCAAGAAACAAGACGGCCGGUUCACCUGUCUCAGCUAAUCGCCCUGCAAAACGCCAACGCUGCGAAUAACCCAAGAUCCAGCAGCAGCAGCUCUAGCAAUGAAUCUUCGUCGAACGCUGCAAGUGAGAGCACUGAGUCGAAAGAGUCAGAGGAACACAGACGCAAUGCCAGACCCUUACCACCACACGCGCAAAGCCUGAAAUCUCAAUAAGAAACUAUUUAUGUCACCUGAAAAUCAAAUGUUUUUUGCGCCAAGUUCAAAAAUAGUAUGAAAACUGUAAUAAUUUAUCGAAUAUUAAGCUCUCUGUAUAUGGUUGUAUUUACUUUGAUUUAGAAUUUGGCAAGGAUUUAGUUAUUAGAAAAUUUAGUGAUUUUAAUCGUAGUUACCAUUAUUUUUAGUGUUUCGCAAUCAUUGAUGAAUUUAUCGAUUAAAUUAUUUAAUAUUUUAUUUUAUGUGAUAUGAGAUCUGUAAUAGUAAUUAAAAAUUGAUUUAUUAAUAUCGUCAAAAGCCUUAAAAAUAAGAAAACUGAUUUGUUUCUAAGAUAGAAAGGACGAAAAAGAUUUUUCUUUAUAGCAAUUAUAAUGUACCUGAUGUACAAAUAAAUAAAACCAGUUAUAAAUUACCCA